AUGCCAACAUCAUCACAAUUCGUUUUUAUAUCUUCAACACCGACUAUAAUACCUUCGAUCAUCUUUAGCGUCCUUUUUCUAUUUACAACAUGUCUUCAACUUCACCGUAUAAUACAAACCCGGCGUCGAGUUUACAUCUUUUUAUUCAUGUUCAGUCUUUUAAGGACAAUAUUAUUUAUUAUACGAAUCAUGUGGUCGAAAAACACUCAAAACAAAGUACUUGCAAUCAGUUCAGGAAUUUUAAUUUCCAGCGCAUUUUUCAUAAUAGUUUUGGCAGUAUACAACCUUUUAAUAGAUUGGGUUCUCAUUACCACAAACGUCUCACAGAUAACAACCGAUCAUUCAAGUUCGCAAUUACAUUCAACAAAGUUAACAUUCUAUGAGCGAUACUCCAUAAACAUAGUAAAGUUUCUUCUCCCGGCAUUUUCAUUACUCGCUGUAAUUGGAUCAAUUAAAGAAUUCGAUUCAAAUACAUUGGUGUCUCUGAACCAUUCAUUGGCUAAAGGCGACAUCUUGAUAAAAAUUUCAACGAUAUGUUUUUUGACCAGCAUGGUUUUUUAUAUGAUUCUUAUCACAUAUUUCGCAUUGAAAUAUAGCAAUAAACCUAUACAAUCACAAUUAAAAGUUUUGGUUUUAUAUAUAGUUGGAGCUUUAUUAUUGAUUGGACUAAUUUACAGAACUUUUAUGAUUUUCGCUCCAUCUACCGAUAAAAUCAAUAAAAUCAAUAAAUACAGUUGGAUCUUUUAUGUGUUCGAGUCUCUUCCGGAGGUUUUGAUUUUGAUAAUCUUGGGUGGCGUUAUUUUGGGUGAAUGGUUUUUUGAGGACGACAAUAUAGACUUGACAAACAUUAAAACCGUGUCGAUUGGUUCAGUCAAUAGGGUGAAUGCAACCUCAAAUGUUUGA